CAGGCCACCGCGGACGCCGCUGCAGGGAUGGCGGAGGAGGAGCGCGAGACCCUGCUGGCCCUCCAGCUCGCCCUCUCCGAGGAGCAGUUCCAGGCCUUCAAGUACCUCCUGGAGGGGCAGAUCCCGCUGAGCAAGCUGCGUCCUGCCACCCGCCCCGACCUCUGCAGCCUCCUGCUCCAGCACUUCCCCGGCCAGGCCCUGCACAAGACCAGUGCCCUCUUCCGCCAGCUCUCCUACCUUGACCUCAUCCAACGUUUCCAGCUCCCCGGCUGGGAGGACGUCUCCAGCCCCUCCACAUCACCCGGCACGGGCGGGAGGGCAAGCUGCCGGCGGCCAUCAUGGCCUCCUCCAUCAGGAGCGCUGCCCCGUGUUUCUGCCCGGCAGGUAAGCAGCGCGUGCUGCUGGAGAGGGAACUCAUGCAGGUGGCCCAAAAAAUGGGCAGGGAGUGGCAGGAGGUGGGGAUCCAGUGCCUGGGCCUGGAGAGGAGCCGCCUGGACCAGAUCCGAGAGGACAACCCCAACAGCGCCGUGAUGCAGAUCUUCGAGAUGCUCCGGGAGUGGCGCAGGAGGGAGAAGCAGCACGCCACGGCCCAGCACCUCUACGCCUGCCUGGCCAGGGCCAACAUGGACCCCGAGGUGCUCAGCUACCUCCAGAGCAUUGGGGGGUUCUAAGGGGCACCGGAGCAGAGCUUGGGGGGAGCUGACCUGCAGUCGGAGGGUCUCGGGGCAAGGCCAAGAUCUCACCGAGGCAGUGAGACUUCUGGCCCUGCCCGCCCUCGCCUGGCCUUUCUCAUGGCCUUUUUAUACUGAAAACAGAGCAGUAAAAGUAUAUUUGUCCUACCCUUGUAGCCCAGCAAGACAUCCUUGGGGUCGGGCCGCAGAGGGGGCUGGGGGACAAGAGGGUACCCAGAGCCAGGUCCCACCCCGACACCUCUCAUCAAGGAAGGGAGCUGGAGAACAAAAGGCGUUGGGGUAAUUUCUGCUCGCUUUUCCCGGGAAACCUCAUCAAUGCCUGUGGAUGCCUCGACGCCUCUGGAAGACCUCUUCCCCCGGAGAAGAGCCUGGCGGGUGGGAGAGCCGUUGCUGCGUUUGCUCCACGUUUAUUAGGCGAUGGCCCCAGUGCUCUGCCCGGACAGGGUGACGUGGGGAUGCAGAGGAGCCGGGGUGGGGGCAGAGCGCAGGGAGCUUCGAGAGAGAAUUAGCCCUGCACACCCUCGCUUGCGGCUCUCGGGUUGGGACGAUCUCCAAGGAAGAGGGUGGAGAGGGGGAUGAAGCAGGGAAAAGCUGAGGGAACAGGAUCGCAGCCCGGGUUAACGUUGAGGUGGGGUGAAGCACGUUACGCAGCGGCUGGCAGAGGAUGGGGCAGGGAACGCAGGUCCGCUCAACGAGCAAGCAUCCACCGCGGCCUUCCAGCGUGGAGAGGAGCCGACGGAGCAGAGCAGGGGCCAC